AAAAGAGAGAUAUUAAUGUUGUUAGAAAGAAUUUGUCGACUAGGAACAGCAAAUGGUUGGUUUCUACGCAUCAAUACCCGUGUGCACAUUGAUCAAAUUAUAGAAGCUUUUGCUCAACAUUGUGCUUAUAUGGAUCGGCUGGAAAUCCAGUGGGAUCCUGACACCAUCCGCUUCAGUGAUAAAAGUAACAAAUUUGUGGAUCAUAUUCGACUGCGUUGCCCACACCUUCGAUCCAUAACUCUAAGUGAUGGUGAAUAUUACGAAAUGGUCAAAUCAAACUUCGAACGUGCUGACAAGAAGCGAGUUGUGAGGACGACCAUUAACUACAACACCAGCAUUGUUAGUUUGCUUAGUCAGUACAAUGACUUGCUCUUCAACUAGAUCUCUCGAACUAUUGGACUGUUUUAUUUAUUUAUAUAUAUAUUUAUUGAACUAUUUAUUUAUCUAUUUAUUUAUAAAUUUAUUUAUUUAUUUAAACCAACUCCUUGUGUGUUAGUGUGUGUGUGCGUGUAACCUAACUUUGGACUGAUUACAUAUUAAGAGAUAUAUUGCUCUGUUAUAGUCUUUUGUGGUUCCUGAUCUUUCCUUUAUAUCGGUGAAUUUAAACAUCGUUAGUUCUUUCAGUUUAUUGAUAUCAGGUUCAGACUGUUCCAAAUUUAAGAGAUUUGCAGUUUGAAAGAUUAAUGGAAAUUCUAAGAAAAACCAUGUAGCAAUAAUUGUUUGCUAAACAAAACAAAAUUUUAUUUAAAAAGAUUUUUUUAAAAACGAAAUAAUUUUCUGUUUAGAAACUGCUUUAACAGUUGCUUUUGACCCUCUCAUGACUUAAAUUCACUCCAGUGGAGACGAAAUGGCCAGCAUUUUCAUAAAUUUGUAUCCCUAUCAAGGAAGAACAUGUCAAACAUUUUCAAGGUCAUUUAAUUUAAUGAAGGACACACUCUGCUGGUAAAUUAACAUUUCUUGUGCAGUUUCAUGCCAUCUUUUAAUAACUAUUUCGAAAAUUUUCUCCACGUAUAAGAAAGAAACUAACUUUUUGUUAAUUGUUAAAACGAACUUUAAAGCAAAAAAAAAAAAAAAUGAAUGAAAAAAACACACCCAAACUUCAGAUGAUUUUUAACAAAUAAUUUUACUAAAACAAUA